AUGAUUUUACAGGCAUUUCUGUUCCUGCUCGCCUUGCUCCCAGCUGGGUCUGCAAGAGUCAGACACCUCCCCAAGGCAGCCAGUGACCCCGUGUUCGGCCCCCGGCAGGUCCACGGCGUGCUGGGCGGCUCCGUCAUCGUGAAAUGCUUCUACCCACCCACCCCAGUGAACAGACAGGACAGGAAAUACUGGUGCAGGCAGGUGGGCUCCAAGUGUGACACCGUGGUGAGCUCGGACUAUGUGAAACCUGGCUACCGAGACAGAAUCUCCCUGACCAACCACCCCGAGGCUGAAAACUUCCAGAUCAACAUCUCAGCGCUGGCGCUGGAGGAUGCUGGCACCUUCCAGUGUGGCCUGGGGAUCAAUGGCAGAGGGCUGUCCCACACAGUCACUCUCACUGUUGCUGAAGCCCCUCCUGUUCCUGAGGCAGCUGAGCUCUUCUACUUGAAGCUCCACAGCACCUGGACGGUGUCCUGCAGCUUUGGGGAGGACACUGCUGACAAGAGGAGAUACCUGUGCAAGAAGGAGAAGGAAGGCUGCCGGAACAUCGUCAACAGCCACCAGGAGAUUGAUCCAGGUUUCCAAGGGAGAGUUCUGCUGACUUUUGAGGAGUCUCCAGGCUCGUUCAGUGUCACCAUGACCCAGAUGGGCUGGGAAGACGCAGGCCUGUACUACUGUGGGGCUGGUGAAUAUGGGAAGGAAGGAAAAUCGAAGGAACUGGACGUGUUUGUCUAUGAGGGUGAGCUUUUCCCUCAGUUAAAGACCACGGUAACUGGGAAAAGUGGAAGUUCAGCAACCUUUGAGUGCCUCUAUGAUCCUCUGAAGCAAUCCUCCACGAGGAUCUGGUGCAAGUGGAGACUGCAGGGAUGUGACAAGAUCAUAGACAACACUGGGUACGUGAAGUACGGCUAUGAAGGAAGAGUGGCCAUGUUUGAGAACCCCGAAAACAAAACUGUCACCAUCAUCCUGAACCAGCUGCGGGCCAAGGAUGAAGGCUUUUACUGGUGCAUGUCAAAUGAGCUGAAGGAGCAGCAAUCAUCAACGGAACUGAAGGUUGUGAAAGGAGAACCUGUGCUGACAGGAAAGAAGGAAGUGGAGGCACGAGUGGGCUCCCGGGUGAAUUUAACCUGCUCUUACACCUGCAAGUACUACUCCUACGAGAAGUACUGGUGCAAGUGGAACUACACCGGCUGUGCCGUGCUGCCAGCACAGGGGCAGGGGCAGGGGCUGCCAGGGCCAGGUACCAGCUGUAACGCAUCCACCAGGACAGCUGUGCUGAGCUUUGACCCGCUGGAAGAGGAAGAUGAAGGCUGGUACUGGUGUGGGGUGAAGCACAACGGAGUCCUUGGGGAAACCAUGGCCGUGGAGCUGCGGGUGAGCUCAGGGAGCGAUGCCAGGCACAGCCCAGAGCUCCUGGAUGUUGAUUCCAGCCCUGAGUCCGGAGCUGUUCCCCCAGGAGGAGCCUACAGCGACGCUGAGGUGCGGAAAGGAGCUGUCCCAGAAAGCUCUGAUGAAAGCCAUGGCUCCAACACUCUGGCCUUAGUGCUGGGACCUCUUGCUGGCCUGAUCCUGAUUGUCGUGACAGCUUUUGCCGUUGUCAAAUACAGGCAGAUGAAGAGAUCUGACCUGGUGUCCGUGGGGAGCUACAGGACUAACAUCAGCAUGUCAGACUUCGAGAACCUGAGGGACUUCAGUGCCUGCAACAGUGUGAAGGAGAACCAGGAGACCCCCGUAGGAGGGGACGAGUUCCUCACCACCACGGACACUCAGGAAAGCACUGCUGACACAACGAAGGCAAAAAGGAGCUCCAAGGAGGACGCUGAGCUCACCUACUCCUCCUUCCUCGUCACCUCUGACCGCAUCGCCCAGGGCAGCGCCGGGGGCGACAACGCUGUCCUGGACGUGUCCCCUCCCCAGGACCGGGUCUGAGGGGAGGUGGCAGCACCUGGGACUGGCUCUACCUUGAGGAUCACGAUGUCAGCAAGCAACACUCUUCAUUGCUCCCACUAUUUGCUAUAGCUUGACCUCUUUUGGUUUUUGGGUUUUUUUUUUUUGUUUUGUUGUGUUGUUGUUGUUUUUUUUUUGUUUGUUUGUUUGUUUUGCUUAAAUUCAGCUUCAAGUAGUGAAUUGGGAGAAAUGGUUUGAUGCCAAAGGGAGCUGGAAGUGCAGGUCCAGUUGGGGAGGCUGGACUGGGAAACAGCAGGAACUUGAGUGGCUCAUCCCACCAGCAGCCCCAGUUCCUACAUUAAGGCCUCACAGGCCAGAAGGAGCAAUGUAAAAAAAAAAAAUAAAAAAAAAUUCUUAUUUUCUUUUAAAGGCAGCUGGGAAACCCUUUAGAACAGCUGAUGCUUUUGAUUCCUCUAAGAUUUCCUGACCUGAGGGCAGUACCUGCAGGCCAGACACAUCUGGAGUGUUUGUAUGCACGAGCAAUUAAGAAUCUGGUGGCUUUCAGCAGACUGGGGAACUCAGGGUCUGUGGAAUACCACAGAAGAGCCCACCCAGAGAGGCACAGAAACGGUGGGAAAAGCUGAAUAUUCCAGAGAUAAAGCUGUGCAGGAAGCUGUAAUGACAAAGAGGUGACAUUGGCAUG